AUGGACUUUUCUGCAACAGUUUUCCUGGCGGGGCUAAUCUUAGCUCUGCUGUGGUUGUUUGGGGUCAAAAACAGACGCAAGUAUCUGUUGCCCCCAGGACCCUUCGCACUCCCUCUGAUAGGAAACCUGCCGCAACUGGACAAAAAUGCCCCUUUUAAAAGCAUUCUCAAGUUCAGUGAAACCCACGGGCCUGUGAUGACCGUCCACCUGGGCUGGCAGCGGGUGGUUUUCCUGGUGGGAUAUGAUGCGGUGAAGGAGGCUCUGGUGGACCAGGGAGACGACUUCACAGGCAGAGGGCCACUGCCCUUUCUGAUGAAGGUUACCAAGGGCUACGGUUUGGCGAUCAGCAACGGGGAACGCUGGCGCCAACUGCGACGCUUCUCACUGUCGACCCUGAGGGACUUUGGGAUGGGACGCAAGGGGAUGGAGGUGUGGAUCCAGGAGGAGAGCAGACACCUGAGGGCCCGCAUGGAGUCAUUCAAAGCCUCGCCCUUCAACCCCAGGUUUUUGCUGAGCCGCACUGUGUCCAAUGUGAUCUGCUGCCUGGUGUUUGGAGAACGCUUUGGUUACGAGGACAAGAAGUUCCUGCAUCUCCUCAACACCAUAUCUGAGGUCUUAGAUUUCCUGAACAGUCCUGUUGGUCAGUUGUACAACAUCUUUCCUUGGCUAAUGGGGCAUCUGCCCGGCUCCCAGCACGCUUGUUUUGCCAAAGCUGAGAAGUUGAGAGAGUUCAUUGAGACAAAGAUCCAUCAGCACAAAGCGACACUGGACCCCAGCUCCCCGAGGGACUUUAUUGACUGCUUUCUCAUCAGAAUCAAUCAGGAAAAGGACAAUCCCAAGACUGAGUUCCACUAUGAAAACCUGAUCUCCACAGUGUUAAACCUCUUCUUGGCCGGAACGGAAACGACCAGCUCCACUAUUAGAUUUGCCCUGAGUGUCCUGAUUAAAUACCCGAACAUACAGGAAAAAAUGCAGACGGAGAUUGACGGCGUGAUUGGACAAAGCUGUGUUCCCAGCAUGGAGAACAGGAAGUCCCUCCCCUUCACAGAUGCAGUUAUCCAUGAGGUGCAGCGCUUUCUGGACAUCGUCCCCUUCAGCAUCCCUCACUACGCUCUCCACGACAUCUCUUUCAGGGGUUAUACAAUUCCCAAGGACACCAUGAUUAUUCCCAUGUUGCACUCUGUGCUGAAAGAGGAAAGGAAUUGGGCGACUCCCCAGUCCUUCAACCCCCAACACUUCCUGGACCAGAAUGAUAACUUCAAGAAAAAUCCUUCUUUCUUGCCCUUUUCUGCAGGGAAGAGAGCCUGUGUUGGCGAGUCUCUGGCUCGUAUGGAGCUUUUCAUCUUCCUGGUGUCGCUCCUGCAGAAUUUCACCUUUUCCAGCACCGGAGGCCCCGACAGCAUAAACCUCAUUCCAGAGUACAGCAGCUUCGCCAAUCUGCCGCGCACUUACCAGAUCAUCGCCACGCCGCGGUGAGACGGGGGCUCCCUUCAGGCCCUCGAUCGUCGCACCCUUCAGUCCCCCAUACACACAGAACAUAAGUUGCUUUAUUGACUCAGCAAUGUUUUCUGCAAAGGUUUGCUGUGGCUGGCAGGCCUGUCAGCAUUAUUAUGAACCCUCUCGUCUUGUGCUCUGCUUGUCUUUAAUGUAUUUUAAAUCAACUCCUUGUUCCUGUGUUGAUUGUGAGCACGCUUUCUACCGGGAGUGAAAUGUAUUGCUACAUUUCUGCUAUGGAGGUACACACACACACCUUGCUGUUGACAACUUUGUAUAACUGCUUUUAAAAUAAAAUCAUGACAUUAAAACACACAUUGAAAACACAAUGUCCUUAGAAAUUUAAAUGUUGUGAAAUGCUGCCACAUAAAAUCAUUUUUAGCUUG